CGUAGUCCUCGGGUCUCGCUCUCCCCGGGCCGCCGUGUAAUUUUUGAGCUACCAACCCGUGCAUUUUUGCGGAUAAAUCUCGUGUGUCCUGAUCGCCAUGGCUCAGCUCCAGGCACGCUUUUACACUGAAAACAAGAAAUACACAGUCGAUGAUGUUCCCUUCUCAAUUCCUGCCACUUCGGAAAUUGCUGACCUCAGUAGCAUCAUUAAUAAACUACUUCAGGCCAAAAAUGAGUUGCACAAGCAUGUGGAGUUUGAUUUCCUUAUCAAGGGCCAGUUUCUGCGAAUGCCCUUGGUCGAGCACAUGGAACUAGAGAACAUUUCAUCGGAAGAGGUUGUGGAGUUAGAAUAUGUGGAGAAAUACACCGCACCCCAGCCAGAGCAGUGCAUGUUCCAUGAUGACUGGAUCAGUUCAAUUGAAGGGACAGAGGAAUGGAUCUUAACUGGUUCUUAUGAUAAGACUUCUCGAAUCUGGUCCUUGGAAGGAAAGUCAAUAAUGACAAUUGCGGGACAUACAGAUGUUGUGAAAGCUGUGGCUUGGGUAAAAAAAGAUAGUUUGUCUUGCUGGCUCCUGAGUGCCUCCAUGGAUCAGACGAUCCUCCUGUGGGAGUGGAAUGUGGAGAGGAACAAGGUGAAAGCCCUGCACUGCUGCAGGGGUCAUGCCGGCAGUGUGGACUCCAUAGCUGUCGAUAGCUCCGGGACUAAAUUUUGCAGUGGUUCCUGGGAUAAGAUGCUAAAGAUCUGGUCUACAGUCCCGACAGAUGAAGAAGAUGAAAUGGAGGAGUCUACAGAUCGUCCAAGAAAGAAACAAAAAACAGAGCAGUUGGGGCUGACAAGGUCAGGAAACAAAGUGUUUAAUUGUAUUUCCUAUUCACCACUUUGUAAACGUCUGGCAUCUGGAAGCGCAGAUAGACAUAUCAGACUGUGGGACCCUCGAACUAAAGAUGGUUCCUUGGUGUCACUGUCCCUGACCUCACAUACAGGCUGGGUCAUAUCGGUGAAGUGGUCUCCUACCCAUGAACAGCAGCUGAUCUCAGGCUCUUUAGAUAAUAUUGUCAAGCUGUGGGACACAAGAAGUUGCAAGGCUCCUCUCUAUGAUUUGACUGCUCAUGAAGAUAAAGUCCUAAGUGUGGACUGGACAGACACGGGGCUGCUUCUGAGUGGAGGAGCGGACAACAGGCUGUCCUCCUACAGAUACUCUCCUACCACUUCCCACGUGGGCGCGUGACGACCACGGAUAAUUUCAUCACGGACGCUUUUUCUUGUUGGGAUUUUGUUUUGUUUUGUUUUGUUUGUUUUUGAGAUUGGUAGAGUCUCACUGUAAUGCCAUAGACACUUUAUAAAUUAAACUGGUAGAGAAUCAUCAGAUUCCAUCAUUAACACAGAGGCGGAAAACGCCCUUUUAAAGUUUGCAUAAUGGUUCACCCUUCAUAAUAGGGAACAUUUUAUUAUUAUUGUGUCUUUCUUUUGUGUUUAUGAAAUUAUAGUAUGUGGCAUGUAUUCUCUACCUUAUGUAGACUCUUAAAAUUAA